CGCGGUCUUUCAGCUGACGACAAGCGCUCAAAGCUACUGGAGAUAUUUCAUGAGACGAAGGACUUCUACCAGCUGAAAGAACUGGAGAAGGUGCGCAUAUGCACAGUGUCACAAUCUGUCAAGGAGGUCCUGCAGGAUCUCGUUGACGACGACCGCGUACAGACAGACAAGAUCGGCUCUGGGAACUUCUACUGGUCAUUCCCCUCCCAAACUGGUGCCACGGUCCGUGAGGGAAAUGACCACGUAUAUAUGCGCUAG